ACAUCUCAUCAGCACCCCAAACACCAAGCACUUGUCAGUCCCUUCCCACACCUCUUGAAAAUCCUGAGCCCAACAUGGCAUCAACCUUCCAAGGCUUCCAGGGCAACGAGUUCACCCCGAACACGCCCGCCUACGCCCGUGCCAACAACAUCUAUGCCACAUCUUCCUAUGGCGAAGAACGCGACCUCAAGCCCAAGCAGAUCCUGCAACCUUCAAGCACCGAAGACAUCCAGGUGAUUGUCAAGAAUUGCGCCGCGCAGGGCGUUCCAAUCGCCAUCCGGACCGGCGGGCACCAGUACAGUGGUGCGUCCUCGACAGGCUCCAAAGGGAUCCAGCUCGACCUGAAGCCCACAUUCCGCCGCCCGAAGAUCGACCUGCACCUGGAGCGCGCCGAUGGCAAGGUGUACCUCCGGUCGAGCGUCAGCUGGAUGCUCACCGAGAUGAUGAACUUCCUCAAAGACAACGGCGUCUUCAUGCCCACGGGCCAGUGCGCUGAGGUGUGCCUGGGCGGCCAUGUGCAGACCGGCGGCUACGGCAUGCUCGCGCGAUCCUUCGGGCUCCUCGGGGACUACGUCCGUGAGCUCACCAUCGUCGACCAUCGCGGCGAGGUCGUGAAAGUGACCAAGGAGUGCAACCCGGACCUCUUCUUUGGCCUUCUCGGCGGCAGCCCGGGCAACCUCGGCGUCGUCACGCACUUCAAGAUCGAGGUCCAGGAGGACAGCAAGCACAAGGGCUCAAAGGGCCAGUGGGUGGGCUUCCACUACCGCGACAACACGUACAAGGCCCUCCUCGACAUCCUCGUCCGCAAGGGCGACGACCCGGACUUCCCGCGCGGCUAUGACUUCACCAUCAACGUCGUCAGCCGGCAGGCGAACCUGCUGGACCUGUUCCCGGGCUCCGAGGCCGAGCUGCACAAGCGGCUACCCGAUGCCAUCGACAACGGCAAGGAGAACAAUGCCGACCUGCUCAAGUUCAAGUACGCCAUGAUCGUCGUCUGGGCCCAGUGGGUCAACAUCCCCGGCGAGCCGGCGUACUCGCCCGCGCUCUUCGACGAGAUCCUGAACGUCCCCAACGACUCUUUCAAGAUCGUCAAGGCCAGCCCAGAGGGCACCCCCAUGUCGCACAUCGCGUCCAUGUGGCUCACCGGCAGCUCGCGCGAGUUCCCCUACCCGUACGUCAAGCGCACCAACUCGACAAGGUCCACCUCGCUGUCCAAGGAUGGCUGGGCCGACUGGUUCGUCGGCCGCGUCAACGACGUGGUCAAGACCAAGGGCAACGGGCUCUGGAUCUCGUCGCAGAUGCAGGUGUACGGCGGCAAGAACUCGAUGUUCCCCAAGGGUGUGGGCAACGGCACGUCGUACUGCAACCGCGACGCCACCAUCAGCGGCACGUGGGACGUCUUCUACUCGGAGACGAAGGAGGCGGCCGACGCGUGGCAGAAAAAAAAUGACGAGGGUGUGGUUCAGCACUACAGCAAGGAGGACCAGCGGGUUCUCUGGGGAUCGUGGGGCGACUGGGACAUGAAGAAUGUCUGGAAGCAUUACUAUGACGAGGCGACGUACCGGAAGGUGCAGGACAUCAGGAAGACAUAUGAUCCCAAGGGAACCUUCACUGCUAACCCCUUCUGCGUCGAGGCAUCGAAGUAGACGGGCCUGUAGGCGCAAGCAGGGGGAUCUUUCAAAUAGCGGUAAUGUCGAAUACCAGUCUUUUGCAACCGUAA